GCGCCCAACUUUAUUCAGUGAGGAUUCGGACUAGCGAACUUUAGCAAAUAUCUAUAUUUUACGCUAAAUAAUUUAUUGAUAAAAUGUCCGGUCGCGGUAAAGGAGGAAAAGGAUUAGGAAAGGGUGGUGCCAAGCGUCAUCGUAAGAUUCUGCGUGAUAACAUUCAAGGUAUUACCAAGCCUGCUAUUCGUCGUCUUGCCCGUCGUGGUGGUGUCAAGCGUAUUUCUGCUUUGGUCUAUGAAGAGACUCGUGCCGUCUUGAAGCUGUUCUUGGAAAGUGUCAUUCGUGAUGCCGUCACAUACACCGAACACGCUAAGCGUAAGACUGUCACUUCCUUGGACGUUGUCUACUCUUUGAAGCGCCAAGGCCGUACCAUUUACGGUUUCGGUGGCUAAAUGCUGUAUACCGAUGUGGGUGUUAUAGCAUGCAAGUUGGAUUUCCAGAGACAUUCCAUUUGUAAUAUAGGAGAAAUUUAUCUGUGCAGUGUAGAUUCGCUUUGCUAGGAAUAGCAUCAAGGUAUAAUGGCCUUAAAUCUAGUUAUUCGACAGUUCUCGUAAAUGUUGAAUCUGUCGGGUAUAGAUGCUGCGCAUGAAAAUACAAAAUGUCAGGAUGUACUGCAUAGAAUUCGACAGCUUUUGCAGGAUUUCUCUUACAGCAUUCUUUGGAUGGAUCGCUCUUUGUGUAUUUGUUUAUUAUGAGUUUCGCACGCUUUUGUUUAUCAUUGUAUAGUAUUUGCUAGAAAAAUUGAUUAAUUGAUGGAAUUGAGUAUUAUGCACGAGUAGAGGUAG